AUGAGUUUGCCUGUAUACAAAGAAAUGGCUGAAAGGACUAAAAUUUCUCUUAACUGUGUUGUUAAAGAGAAUCCUAUUAAAGGCCAGUUCAGAAUUAAAAUUGAUGAAAAUGAUUUUAUUUGUGACCUUCGAGAAGCUAUAAAGGAAAAUCAAAAAGAUACUUUUGAAUAUGUGCUUGAACAACUUCAAAAUGCUGACUCAAAUGUCGAGUCUGUUAUAAAAGGUAUCAGGAUUAUAGAAGGAUUCAGAAAGAUUGGAUUGCAUUUUAAUAAUCCAGAUCCAAAUAAAAUUAAUCUUGUAGUCCAAGAUCUGUCCAAAAUUGGUGUAACAAAAGCUAAAAACCCACCUUCUGAUCCUGGUUCUGAUGUCAAGGGUUUUUAUGACUAUGAUAAAGAUAAUGAGAAUAACUCCAUCUCAUUAACUUCAAACAAUAUUACAGCCUUUAAUAAGGAAAUUGAGAAUCUGGAUCCUGGUGAUGAAGAUAGUGAUGUGGGAUAUGAUACUCCUUAG